ACUAAGACUUUGUUCAUUCCCACAAUCCCCACAAUAAAAUAUAAAACGUUUUCUAUUUCUUCAUCAAACGACGAGACAAGAAUCCUUUCCCAUCUUACCAUCGACUUGAACUGAAGCCCUCCAUCAAACCUCUCCCUUCUGCUUCUUCAAUGGCAUCAAGCGAUUCCGAAAUCGUCAAGGAGUUUCGAUUGUUCCGAGUGUACAAAGACGGUCGAGUUCAAUUAAACUUUCCGCCCUUCGUCAAGGUCACGGUUCCACCGUCCGAUGAUCCCGUCACCGGUGUCCGAUCCAAAGACGUUACGAUCUCAUCUGAACCUCCUGUGUCCGCCCGUAUUUUCAUCCCCAAACUCACAGACCCUAAACAAAAGUUCCCUCUUUUAUUCUACGUGCACGGCGGUGGCUUCUGUAUUUUGUCCGCCUUUGCUCCAGGUUACCAUAGCUUCUGUAGCACCCUUUCAGCCGAGGCUGGGGCCAUAGUUGUUUCUGUGGAGUACGGACUCUUCCCAGAUCGACCCAUACCGGCUUGUUACGAAGACUCAUGGGCUGCACUCCAGUGGGUGGCGUCCCACGUUAGUGGAAGUGGACCUGAACCUUGGCUAAAUGAUCAUGCUGAUUUUGGCAAAGUUUUUAUCGGUGGAGAUAGUGCCGGAGGAAAUAUCUCGCAUACUUUGGCGUUCCGGGUCAGUUCAAUCGGGUUACCUGGAGUGAAAGUGGUUGGGGUGAUCCUAAUUCAUCCUUAUUUCGGUGGGACGGAAGACGAUCAGAUGUGGUUGUAUAUGAAUCCAAGUAACAGCGGGUUGCAGGAUCCCAGGCUGAAACCGCCGGCAGAGGAUCUGGCUAAGCUCGGGUGCGAGAGGGUGUUGAUAUUUGUGGCGGAGAAAGAUCAUCUGAUUGUUGUGGGGAAAAAUUACCAUGAAGAUCUGAAGAAAAGCGGAUGGGGUGGAAGAGCUGAGCUUGUGGAGAAUCAUGGUGAAGAGCACGCUUUCCAUAUGCGUAAUCCCACAUGUGAAAAGGCAGUGGAAUUGACCAGUAAGAUUGUUUCAUUUAUCAAAGAAGAUUAGUGUAAAAGUAGUUUGAUCAUUUAGCAGAGUUUGUUGGGUUAUCUUCUUUGUGUAAUAACUGGAGUGUGUCUUCUGACAUUGAUGAAAUAAAAUCUUUUCUUUUAUCAA